GCUUAUUCGUUAUUUAAUUGGCAAGAUGCGUAUGAUCUUGUACCGUGCGUCAUUCAACAUCCAGAAAAAAAUGGAGGACGCCAAUUUUAUGAACAACAGCAAACUCUGUUCCUUCUACGAAGUCCAUUUGAGGAUCAUCGUUGUGUUUCCUUCCCGAGCAUAUUAUGUAAAUUAUGCAAUCGGGUGUGCAUUGAACAUAAUCCUGACAAUUUCAGCGAUAUUUCUAAACAGUUUGACAGUCAUCGCUUAUUGGAAAUCACCGCAGCUCCGACGAAAGAGUUCGUAUUUUCUCAUAAUGUUGCUUUCUGUGAACGAUCUUCUUGUAGGAAUUUUUGGAAAUGCGAACCACGCCCUAACGUUGGCGUUGACUUUAAACGGUAA